GGGAGAAAAAGGAGUGUUGGGUGCGGAGGGCCAGAACAAGAGGGAACGCAGCAACGAAGGCUGUCGAGACUGGACCCCAAAGCAUCCGUGAGCGGGCAAUCAGAGCUCGAUCAUCGGUCACCCAAGCUAAAUGUGUGAAGCCUAUCGCAAGAACAGCUUCGUGAUGAAUGCCGGCGACGGUGAUGGCUUCGACGAUGACUGGAACGAUCCUGCUUUGCUGUCGGCUCUGGCUAUGGCGGAAGCGCGGGCGAUAGAACGGUUGAGAGGUGAUCGAGUUGGGGGCCAGGAGCAGGAGCAGCGCGACACGUCACUCCGCCGGACUGGGGAGAAUGCGGCAUUGGCCAGGGACACGUCUGGGGGCGAGCGGGCGGGGGGCAGCGGUCAGGUUUGGCGUCGCCAUAGCGAGGUCGGGAUCGCUCCAGCGGAAGGGGGCGGCGGAGGUCAGGGUUCAGUUUGGCGUCGCCAUAGCGAUGUCGGGAUCGCGCUAGGGAACGGAGGCGGCGGAGGCCAGGGCGCAGCGUGGCGUCGCGAAAGCGAGGUCGGGAUGGCUACGCGGGACGGAGGAGGGGGCGGCGGAGGUCACGGUUCAGCGUGGCGUGGCGACAGCGAGGUCGGGACCGCUCCGCGGGAGGGAAUUGGUGGCGGCGGAGGUCAGGGUUCGGGAGAUAGCGCAGCAGCAGCUUGGGCAUCAUCGUCGGCGAAGCGCAGGAGAGAGGAAGAUAAUCGAUGGGAGCAGCAGGUGGGGGGAGAGGGGGAGGGGGAGGGGGACUACAUAGCGUCGUUGAGGGGGAGCAAGAGCGCCAAAUGGGUGGCGGCGAGCAGCCAGAAGAAAACGGGAGGUGGACCAGGCGCCGCCGCCUAUCAUUUGUCGGGCUUGGGGGGGGGGAAGAUGGGCGAUGGGGGAGGAGGCGGGGGGGGGAGGGGGGGGGGCUUUAAGGGUGGCGGGGGAGCGAUUGAAGGGUGGGGUGCCGUUCUCGUUAGACUUGAGUUUAGGGGGGAGGAAGGAGGGCCGUGCGGAUUUUUCAAGUGGUGCGAUGAAGCUGACGCACUCAGCAGCAGGCGGGCUGAUGUGGGGACCACCACGGGAGGAUUGGGGAACGCGCCUGUCGGGGUGGGAGAGGGAGGUGCUAGAGGCGGGGGAAGAGGUGGGUAUGGCCCUCCGCCGCCGCCUUUCUCUUCGGCGCCAGUUGACAAGGGAGGGGGAUAUGCGGCUUAUGGAGGUGGUGAUGGUUAUGGAGGUGGCGAUGGCUAUGGAGGUGGCUAUGGUGGGAGCCAGCAGUCGUCUAGAGCAUGCUUCAAUUGUGGACAAGAAGGGCAUUGGUCUAGGGAUUGUCCCACACGAGGUUCUGUGCAGGGAGGAACAAGGUAUACCACAGCUGCAGCAGGAGGAGGAGGAGGAGGAGGAGGAGGAGGAGGAGGAGGAACAAGGUAUAACACAGGAGCAGCAGCAGGAGGAGGAGGAGGAACAAGGUAUAACACAGGAGCAGCAGGAGGAGGAGGAGGAGGAGGAGGAGGAGGGGGCUGCUUUAAGUGUGGAGAAGGAGGGCAUUGGGCAAAAGAUUGCCCGAAGAAAUCGCAGGGCCGGGAUGCGGAGUGGUCGAGGGGUUACUAGUGGAGUGGGUGGGGUUGUGGAAAAAAAAAAAGUGUAAUGAAUCUGGACCUGAUUA